CACGACGCGCGCGCCCUUUCCUUUUCCUUGCCCUAAUUCCUCGCCGCAGCGAUAGAAACCACAUCUCCGCACAGUUACUAGCGUCGACUCCACAUCUCGGCUAGGCUUCUCCUCCGCCGAAGAACAUCCCUAGUGCCGGAGAGGUCAUCGACUCUUCUCCGGCCUCGUUGACUCAGGCGACUACUUGUUCUCUUGCAAAGAUUAGACUCUGGCGCUGUUUUUCUAGGGUAUCCUUCCAUUGUUAUCUCCACCUCCACUGGCAUCUCCCCUCGCCGCCAUGCCAUCAUCGGCUACUUCCGAUCCUCCCCCCUCACCGUCCAUCAACACCGCCGCGCCUGCUACUGGAGACGAUCUCCAGCCUUUCUUCGUUCUCCAUAAAGCAUUGUCACGUAACCCCGAGAAGAAAGUUCCUGCAUCGGCUAAGAGAAAGAUUGAUCUAUCUACUUCUUCGCCGACGUCGGCGGACAAGUUGGCAGUCGGACCAAAUCAUGCGAUCUACGAGCAGUUACGCCUCGACGCAUUCAACACAGUAUGGUCUAAGAUCGAUUCUACCAUUAAUGAGGUUCUGAGGCAAAUCAAUGUCAGCGUGUUUGAUGAAGUGCACAAAUGGGUUCUCGAAUCAUUUUCAAUCAUCAAGUCCUGCUACCUUACCAGUGCACUUGAAAUUCAUAGCCACUAUCCACUUGGAAACGAUGUCAUCUGCAAACAGAUACCUACUGCAAUGUUGUUAACAAAGAAUGCUGAAUUUGUUGAUUAUCUGCUGACUUUCCAAGAGCUUAGAGACUACUUGAAAUCUAUGGGCUUCCACGUUGCUAACCUCUCAGCACUCGAUUUCUCUGCUAAAUAUGGUAUUGCUGGUUGUUUAAGAAGUUUGCUGAGGCAAUUAGUUAUGAUGACUCCUGAUGUGGCUGAUUUCUCUGUACUAUUCUCUUGGUACUCUGAGCCGGACAAUUAUGAUCACCCAAUCAUAAUUGCAAUCGAUGACAUGGAGCGAUGCAGUGGCUUAGUACUUGCCGAUUUCAUAAGGAUGCUCAGUGACUGGGUGAGCAAGCUUCCUGUCAUAUUUGUAAUGGGAGUAGCCUCUUCUAACACUGCUAGGAAGUUUCUUCCUUCAGAUGCUCUGCAGCACUUGCAACCUUGUGAGUUCACAUUAGCAUCCCCCUUCCAAAGAAUGAAUGCUUUAGUGGAAGCUGUCCUUGUAAAAUCGUGCUGCGGGUUCACCAUUGGCCAUGAAGUUACAGUCUUUCUAAGGAAUUAUUUCCUUGGACAUGAUGCGACAAUCACUUCCUUUAUAAAGGCUCUAAAGCUUGCUUGCGCUAAACACUUCUCUAUGGAGACUAUGAGUUUUUUGGUUGUUCACAUGCUUGACAUAAAUUAUGAGGUUUCCUUGCUUGGAAAGUGCAAUUUACUGCCUGUGUCUGUUCUUACGCAUGCUUUUGAUCUUCCGUCCUGUAAAAGAGAAAAAGAUAGUAAGAGCAGCAGUGAUGACCUCGCAGCAGGGUUAUCUGAGCUUAGGAGGCUUCUGAAGAAUUGGGCUUCAGUUAUCCUGUGUUUAUAUGAGGUUGGAAAGCUAAAGAAAAUGCAACUGCUAGAUAUUUUCUGUGAAGCUACCGACUUAAGACUGAGCAGGCUGAGGUCUUCAAACAAUAAAUUGGGUAGAGUUUCAUCCAAUAGCAAGAAUCUGAUUGAUGGGAGGUUAGCUUUUAAUGGACAUUCUAUUUCUCAAUUAAUACACACAGUAAGAGAACUACCUGUAGCAUCUCUAUCUAAGGUGCUUGACUUAUGGAGUAUCCACACUGAGGAAAUGGACGAGAUUCAUAGCAAAAUCCAAGAACUCCAUUUGAUGGUACAAUCUACUAAGAGUUGCACAGACUUCCAAGGAAAACAGGUUGAUUGCCAUAGGAUGAAGAAUCCUUCAGGUGUGGGAAAGACAUCCUUCUCGGGGAAUGAUAAAGCAGCUGCUUUAUUAGAUGACAUGGUCAGGAAGUUUUUGAUACCAGUCGAGAGUAGACGUUUUCAUGAAGUUGUUUGUUUUAGAGAUGUUGGUACUCUACGAACAGCUUUAAUUGGCAAUCCAAGAAGAGAAAUUCAGGUCAAUCUUCUGAAGUCUAACUCUUAUAUUAGGUGCAGUUGCUGCAGCAGUAGUGACAAUGCAUUGUCACCAACUAUGCACGAUUCAUCAGUUAUGUACAAUCUGGCUCAAGAAUAUGGUGAUCUUAUCAAUCUCCGGGAUUGGUAUCAUGCUUUCAGGGAAACAGUUUUGCGUGGUCGUAAUAAUUUGAAAUGCCGUUCGCCAGUGUCAAAGAAAGCAAGACUUGCUUCAGAAAGUGAAGCUUCAAUACAAGCAAGGUUUUGCAGCGCGGUUAUAGAACUACAGAUCACUGGUCUUCUUCGAAUGCCUAGCAAAAGAAGACCAGAUUUCGUGCAGAGAAUUGCAUUUGGUCUCUGACUUGGGCUUCAAAUGUUCAUUUUUUCUGCGUAGGAAGACGGUUUGCACUUGAAAAUCUAUUAUCUUAUAGAUCAUGCUUGCUUAUGUUCAUCUGGGUCGUGAUUCACAACGUUCAUCUAUUCUAUUCUAGUAUUUGUACGGCGAUUCGGUUUAAUCUCUGGUGGAGAGGUAAUGAAUUGAGUCUGUUCAAUUCUGAAAUCUAAAAUAAUGUUUACUUUGUCAA